GAGAGCAGUAGGGUUUUGUGUGGGUUUUAGAGACGAUGAUGAUGGCGAAUUCAUUCCCGACUCACAGACCUGCCGAGUCAACUCAUCAUCGACUUCUCGAUUUCGUCAAAAGUGUGCUUAUCAAUAUCUUCGUCUCCCCUUAUGCCACUGUAUGUGAUAUGUAUUGUGGAAAAGUACCUGAUGUGGAGAAGUGGGACGAAGUUCAAAUUGGUCACUAUAUUGGCAUUGAUGUGGAAACUUCGGGAGUGAAUGAAGUGAAGGAAGCGUGGGAGAGUCAGCGGAAGGCUUACACAUCUGAGUUCAUUGAGCUCGAUCCUUGUAUUGAAGAUAUAGACUCAUUUUGGAAGGACAAGGAAAAGCAGGCCGAUGUCGUUUUCUGCAUGCACAAUUUACAGGCGUGCUUUGAUAGUGAAGAGAAAGCAAGGAGGCUAUUGCAUAAUGUAUCAGCUUUGCUUAAACCUGGGGGUUACUUUCUUGGUAUUACUCCUGACUCAUCUACUAUAUGGGCAAAGUACCAGAAGAAUGUUGAAGCAUACCAUAAUAGGAGCGGUGGGAUGAAACCAAACAUUGUUCCUAGUUGUAUUAGAUCAGAAAAUUACAUGAUCACUUUCGAGGUUGAGGAAGAGAAGUUUCCUUUCUUUGGUAAGAAGUAUCAAUUGAAGUUUGCAAGUGACAUCUCUGCUGAAACCCAAUGUUUGGUUCAUUUUCCAAGCCUGCUCAGGUUGGCCAGAGAGGCUGGCCUUGAGCACACGGAGAUUCAGAACUUGACAGAUUUUUAUGAUGAUAACAGAGCACAAUUUCUUGGAAUGCUACAAGAUGCUGGUCAUAACUUUUUUGAUCCCAGGGGCAGACUUCUUCCCAGAUCGUAUGACGUUUUAGGUCUAUACACCACAUUCAUAUUUCAAAAACAUGAUCCGGAUAUUGCACCUCCACUUACAACUCCAUUUUUGCCUGUUGGAAGCCACUAUCUUGAUGAGAUGGAAUGGCAAGUCAUUUUGUGGAAUGAAGAGGAGAAUGGACAGACUGAUUCAUCUAUAGGGUUGGGAAAGAUAACUGAGCAAAAAGGGAUUUUAGGUCCUGGUCCUGCAGAAUUACGUUUCCCCGAAGCUAUUUAAUGUGAUGGUGUAGACAUUCGGUGGCAGCUUGAAGGAUCACAGCAAAAGUGGCAGGAUUUUCCAGUCAAGCCAUCUCCUGGCGUUAAAUUAUUAUAUCCUUCAUUUUGUUGUAUAAUGGAUAAACAUUUUGAUUAGCAAAUUGGCUUGUUGUAUAUAGAAUAGAUCCCUUUUGGGGACUAGCCAAUAUCAAUGUACUAAUUCACCAUGGAAGAUUCAUCUUCACCGCCUUGACGAAAAUUGAACAGCUUCCUUAAUGUAUUCAUAGAUGUCAAGUGAUUUCGAGGUUGCAGUUUUUGACUGAUAAAA